GCUAUCACGGGGCUGCUGUUUGUCCUGCCUCCCUUCUCUGAUGGAAGGUAUUCAUUCAAACCUUAAAAGUGUCAGGACACAGAGGGAUAAGAAUCUAACUCUCAUCGAGCACUAUCUGCCAGGCAGCAGCUAGUAACACCUGCUUUACCCCUGAGUUGCUCAAUUCUAACGUGGGUGGCUCUCGCUUGUUUAAAGGCAAUGAAUGAACGUUUUCAGGCUACUGUCUGAGCUCUUGUAAGGUAGAUGGAGGUUUACAACCGCCAGGGGGGUCUUGCAGUGUAAGCUGAAACUGGCCCCUAUGUGCAGGGAGCAGCGAGACACUAAACAAAGAGGCAGGUAGGUGGUGGGUGGCAAUUUUAAUAACAGCAAAGGGAACUUACAGAAGAGGCCUGUCUUAGGUGGCAGUAAGAUCAAUGGGUCCCAGGAUACGUCCUCCAAAUCUUAAAAGCUUAGAAAGAGGCCCUCACUGGGUUUGGUUACGUAUGUACGUAUUCUGUGCAGGUGUUUUCAACAUCACAUCACCAUCUCCAGGCUGUUAGACAGGAAAGGCAAGCAGAACGUUCCAAGGGGAGGGGGCGUGGAGCCUCUGAUCCCCCAGGUCCAGCUCACUGGUCAGUGUACGGUGGGAUGAUUUGAUAUUCGGAUAUAUUGCAAAAUGUUUACCACAGUAAGGUUAGUUAACAUAUCUUCUGCAAACACAUCAUUUUGUCGUCAUCGUCGUUGUUGUGGUUAUGGUAAGAGCAUUAAAGCUCUACUCUCAGAGCAACUUUCAAGGAUCCAAUACAGUAUUGUGGAUAGUCACCAUGCUGUGCAUUGGAUCCUUGGAUCUUAUUAGUCCUGUAACUGAAAGUUUGUACCCUUUGAGCAACAUCUCCCCACGUUUCCCCACCGCUCAGCCCUUGGCAACCACCAUUCUACUCUGUUUCUAUGAGUUUGAUGUUUUUAAAUUCUGCAUAUGAGAGAUCACAUAGUAUUUUUCUUUGACUUAUUUCACCUGGAGGAAAGCCCUGGAAGUCCAUUCACAUUGUUGCAAAUGGCAAGGUCUUCUUGUGUCCAGGGCUGAGUACUGCUCCACUGUGUAUAUAAUCACGUAGCACAGGCUCAUCCACUCAUCUUUUGAUGGACACUUACGUUGUUUCCAUGCCUUGGCUAUUGUAAAUAAUGAUGCAAUGAACCUGAGACUGCAGAUACCUUGUCAGUCUCCUGUUUUCAUUUCCUUUGGAUAUAUACCCAGAAGUAGGAUCACUGGGGCACAUGGUAUUUCUAUUUUUAACGUUUAUUUUUUAUUUAUUUUUUUUAUUUUUAACGUCUUGAGGAACCUUGGUACUGUGUUCCAGAGGGGCUGUGCCAGUUAUAUUGCCAUCAACAGCACACAUUUUCUUCACAUCUUCACCAACACAUGCUGUCUCUUGUCUUCUUGAUGGUAGCCAGUUGAACAGAAGAGAAGUGAUAGUUCACAGCACUUCUGAUGUGCAUUUCCUCGAUGAUUAGUGAUGUGGAACACCUUUUUCCAUAUAACAGCUGGCCUGUCUUCUUUGGAAAAGAGUCAUUUUUUUCAUGUCUCUCAUGAAUAAACAAAAUCUUCAAAAAAAUUGGGAAGAUAAACCUAUUGGAGGAUAUAGUUCAUAUGGAUUUGGAAACUGAAUUUUGAUGGAAAUAAAUCACCGAUGGUCUUCAAACCAAAACAAAAGCUAACACUUUGGUGAUUCAAACAGACCUGGUACGUCCGUCCUCUCUGUGUCCUCUCCUAUACUCUGGAGCAAAGGAAUCCAAGAGUUACAUGGUCUGGGAAUAGGCUGCAAAGUUGCUUCACUCCAAGUGCCACACAGGAAUAUGAACAGUAGGUGGCACUUUUGUGCUAUCUCCAAAUUUUCAACCUUUGAAGGGAACUAACUGAAGAAUGACUCCUAAGGGAGAAACAAAUGUAUAUGGUGCUCAAGUGGAUAAACUUGAUUUCUAAUUUGAGCGGAAUCUGAAAGAGGAGAGCUAAUUAUAGGAUCAGUCUGUCUUACUUAGUAGCUUGUCUCCAACGGUAUCUUGGAGAUUUCUUAUGUAGACUUCCAAAUAUUGUGAAAUAUUGUGGCUUUCUUCCAGACUAAUAAAUUUGCAGUUUGGAGUGGUUCCAAAUUACUGUAGCAAGUGGAAUUACAUGAAUUCUUUUUUUUUUUUAAAAGAUUUUAUUUAUUUAUUCAUGAGAGACACACACAGAGAGAGAGACAGAGGCAGAGACAUAGGCAGAGGGAGAAGCAAGCUCCUUGUGGGGAGCCCGACGCAGGACUCGAUCCCAGGACCCCCGGAUCACGCCCUGAGCUGAGGGCAAAUGCUCAACCACUGAGCCACCCAGGUGCCCUGAAUUACAUGAAUUCAAGCAGGCUUGAAGUUAGGGGGAAAAAAAUUUCCCAAUUUUGGCCAUGUUCCCAAAAUUCUAUCUCUGAGCUUUUGCUGUUUGCAAAGGCAAGGAAUAACAAAUAAAAUAAAAUAAAAUAAAAUAAAAUAAAAUAAAAUAAAAUGUGGAAAAGCAGUGUGGAUUACUAAGAGAACAGUGGAAUGGAAACAGAGAUGUUCCAUUCUUCUUUUUGUAAAAUUUACUGGUAGGCUGGGAUACAGAAUUUUACAUGUUUAACAAGAGGCCUGCAAUCAUGCAAAGGGCAUCGGUGGAGUCUGGAGGUACCCGCGGAAAUCUAAAGCUGUGCCCCUUCCUGUGUACCUGGGGCCGGUUACUUCAUGCCUCCGCAUAUCAAUUCCCCCAUGUAGAAAUGUACAUGGUAAUAAUAGCAUCUCUCUGGUAAGAUCCUUAUGAAGACUAAAUGUCAAAUUUGUAAGUUACUUAGAGGAGUACUCUGCAGGUAGUGAGCACACCACAGGUAGAGGGAAAAAAGUUUCUGAAGUCAGUUUCUGGGGUGCGUGGGUGGCUCAGUCAAUUAAGCGUCUGCUUCAGCUCAUGUCAUGAUCUCAGGGUCCUGGGAUCCAGCCCCACAUCUGGCUCCUUGCUCAGAGAGGAGACUGCUUCUCCCUCUCCCUCUGCCUGGCUCUCCUGCUUGUGCUCUCUGUCAAAUCAGUCAUCAAUCAAUCAAUCAAUCUUUAAUUUUUUAAAAAGUCAAUUUUUAGGUGAUGGGCCAGUGGGUGAUCAUUUUCCUUCUAUUAAGUUAAGAACAUGUAUUUUCUGACAACUACAAGUCUAAAAUUUUUUUACUAAAAGACUGAGAGAAAAACCUGUACUUAAAAACUUCUUGUUUCUUUUGAACUAGUUUCUACAUCCCUAUCUUUUUCUCUUUCUCUAAAUCUGCUAUACCCAACAUCAGACCUCUCUCAGCUAUGAGAAAUCCUGAGGUCUUGGUCAUAGUUUCCAGAAUUAGUAGUUUUGAUCAAAGUUGCAUCUACAUCACAUCAAAUUUACCACUUUACUCUUCAGUGUACAAGUCAGUGGCCUGAAGAACUUUCACAAUGUUUUCAACCACCGCUAGUACCUAUUUCCAGAAGGUCACCGUCUCAAACAGAAACUCUGCUCCCGUUAAACAAUAAUUCCCCAUUCUCAGGGCGUGAUCCUGGCGUCCUGGGAUCGAGUCCCGCAUCAGGCUCCUCGCAGGGAACCUGCCUCUCCAACUGCCUGUGUCUCUGCCACUCUCUGUGUGUUUCUCAUGAAUAAAUAAAUUAAAUCUUUAAAAAAAAUUAAUUCCCCAUUCUCCCUUAUCCUCACACCUCUGGUGGCCUCCAUUUUACUUUGUGUCUCUCUGAAUUCAACUAUUUGAGGAACCCCAUAUACAUGGGACCAUGCAAUGUGCGUGUCUUUGUAUCUGGCUUAUUCACUUAGCGUAUUAUUUUCAAGUUCCAGUCACAUUGUAGUAGCAUUGGAAUGUCAUUCCUUCCUAUGACCAAAUAACGGUCCUUAUAGGUACCUGUCACAUUUGUAGUGUCAUCUGUUGGACAGGUGAAUUGUUUCUACUUUUUGACUGUUGUAAUGUUGCUAUGAACUUUGGUGCACAAGCAUCUAUUCUAGUCUCUGCUUUCUUUUUAUUUUUUUAAAAGAUUUUAUUUAUUUAUUCAUGAGACACACACACACACACACACACACACAGGUAGAAACACAGGCAGAGGGAGAAAUAGGCUUCAUGCAGGGAGACUGAUGUGGGACUCGAUCCCGGGACCCUGGGAUCACACCCUGGGUGGAAGGCAGGCACUCAACCGCUGAGCCCCCCAGGGAUCCCCUAGUCUCUGCUUUCAAUACUUUCCUGUAUAAACCCAGGAGGUGGGAUCCCCGGUGGCUCAGCGGUUGAGCGUCUGCCUUCAGCCCAGGGUGUGAUCCUGGAGUCCCGGGAUCGAGUCCCACGUGGGGCUCCCUGCGUGGAGCCUGCUUCUCCCUCUGCCUGUGUCUCUGCCUCUCUCUCUCUCUCUCUCUCUGCGUCUCUCAUGAAUAAAUAAAAUCUUAAAAACAAAACAAAACCCAGGAGUUAACUUAUGGAGGAAGUGCCAAACUGCUGUGCACAAAGCUACCACAUUUUACAUUCAAACCAGCACCGCAAAACUGUUUUUAAGUAUUGUGUUUUUUUGUUUUUAAGUUAAACCUAGCUUGGGAAUAAGACAGCUUAGAUUCCUGCGGCAGCGCGUUGAUGGGCUGCUGGGAUGCGCCAGCCGGGCUACCGCAGUCCCUGGACUCGAGUGACGGUCCUCGCACCCGGCGAGGACCCGGCGAGGACCCGGCGAGGACCCGACGCGCCUGCGCCUGCGGGGUCUCUGCAGACGCGGCCCUGGCUCGUCCCGCGCACAGGCCGCAACAGGCGCCUCUGGGCCCUCGGAGCCCAACGCCGGCCAGUCCACAAACUUGGACUUGAACCGAUACCGAGACCUAAAGGCACCUCCUGGCUGCUUUCGGUUGCGACGUACAGUGUCGACGAGGACCGGAGUCCGCGGCCGGAGGGCCUGGCCGCAGGUGCGUCUGCGGGCGCGGGCACACCUGCCCCCCCCCCCCCCCGGCCCUCCCAGGCGUGGGCCGUCGCCGCCUCGUUUCCUUUGCUGCCAGUAACGCGUAUCUCGGAGGACCCGGUCCUGGAGCGGUAUUUUAAGGGCCACAAAGCUGCGGUCACCUCCGUGGACUUCAGUCCCAGCGGCAAACAGCUUGCUACGGCUUCUUGGGAUACGUUUCUCAUGCUAUGGAAUUGCAAGCCACAAGCCAGAGCUUUCAGAUACGUGGGUCACAAGGAUGUUGUAACCAGCGUGCAGUUUUCUCCACUUGGAAACUUAUUGGCAUCAGCUUCACGAGACAGAACUGUUAGACUCUGGAUUCCUGAUAAGAGAGGGAAAUCCUCUGAAUUUAAAGCUCAUACAGCUCCAGUUCGAAGUGUAGACUUUUCAGCUGACGGCCAGUUUCUAGCUACAGCCUCUGAAGACAAAUCCAUCAAAGUAUGGAAUAUGUAUCGCCAGCGCUUCUUAUAUUCCUUGUACCGACAUACACAUUGGGUACGCUGUGCCAAAUUUUCGCCUGAUGGGAGGCUAAUUGUAUCGUGUAGUGAAGAUAAAACUAUUAAAAUUUGGGAUACCACAAAUAAGCAGUGUGUUAAUAACUUCUCAGAUUCUGUAGGGUUUGCAAAUUUUGUGGAUUUUAACCCUAAUGGUACAUGCAUAGCGUCAGCAGGUUCUGAUCAUACGGUAAAAAUCUGGGAUAUAAGAGUAAACAAAUUGCUCCAGCAUUAUCAAGUUCACAGUGGUGGAGUUAAUUGUGUCUCAUUCCAUCCUUCGGGCAACUACAUCAUCACUGCUUCUUCAGAUGGCACACUUAAGAUUCUCGAUCUCUUAGAAGGAAGGCUCAUAUAUACACUUCAAGGACAUACGGGACCUGUCUUUACUGUCUCAUUUUCAAAAGGUGGAGAGCUGUUUAGCUCAGGAGGUGCAGACACACAGGUCUUAUUAUGGAGGACUAAUUUUGAUUAUUUGAAUUGUAAAGACAUGAUUAAAAGAAAUCUCAAAAGGUUACAUUUUGAUUCAUCACCACAUCUUGUCGACAUAUACCCAAGAACACCACAUCCCCAUGAAGGGAAAAUUGAGACUGUUGAAAUUAAUCCAAAGCUUGAGGUAAUCGAUUUGCAGACUGCUUCUCCCCCUGUUGUGGACAUCCUGUCUUUUGAUUCUACCACAACAACGGAUACCACUGUUAGGACCUUACCAGACAAGGGUGAAGAGAUCAGCAGAUAUUUCUUGAACCCUUCUUUAUUGUCACCGGAUUGUUCACCAGCGGCCUUGAAAAAGAAAACAGAAGACAUGAGUGACCUCCCUUCUGAGAGCCAAAGAAGCAUCCCACUCGCUGUGACUGACGCUUUAGAGCACAUUAUGGAACAACUCAAUGUUUUGACACAGACUGUUUCAAUCUUGGAGCAGCGACUGACAUUGACAGAGGAUAAGCUGAAAGACUGCCUUGAAAAUCAGCAAAGGCUAUUCAACAUUAUCCAACAGAAAAGUUAACCAGAAAAGUGUGAGCAGAGGCAUGUUAAAUGAACACACGCACAUAUGCUCAGGAAGGUAGGACACGAUGCUUCAUGCAACACAACCAUGUACUCAUUAUCAUGGCAUUUCUUAAAAGGGUGAGCAACAGAACAAAAGACAGAAAAGGCAUGAUUAAUGACUAAUUUAAACACACAAAUCAAUGUCAAGGAGAAUUCAAAUCAUUACCGUUUACAAUUGCAGUAAUAAAGUGGUAAGUAUUCACCUGGCUCUAUAUUUUCUCCCAUAUUAUUGUAAAUGCCAGUUUUUGUUUAUAGACCAAAUCCUGCCAGGAAAGGAAGCAAAUCUCUGAAUUUCAUUGUUAAAUUAUUUUCAACUGAUCACAUUCAGGCAAUUCCUUAAAGCAAUGGAUGUAUUUCUUUCAUGAAAAACGCCCUUGGGGUGAAGUAAUGCUGUUACCCCUAAAACAGCAUCCUGUAUGCAGGGACCAAGUUAGUAGCCUGACUCAUGUUAAUGUCAGCUCAAAAAAAAUUUUUUUUUUAUUCUUUCUUAACAAUGCCCUGUUAUGAUGAUCUUAUAAAAUUCCCAAAGCACAGAAUUUCCACAGCAAGAAUACACUUAUUUUAAUUAACAACACACAUAUGUGACACAGGGCAGUGGGUUUUUACUUAAUUUAUGGUGUACAUGGCUUAUCCUUUGCCCAGCCUGAAAGAAAAUGAAGAGCUAGAGAUGCGUAGAGUGCACGUCUUUCCUCUCGUGGAUGAGUGCACUUACUGAUUUGGGUUGUGUCCAGACUUAUGACCCCAGGUUACAAAAGGGCGCUAGUGGGAUUUCAGUAUGCUCUGAUGCUUGAAUGACGCAACCAUGAUAUUUACACACACACACAUACACGUAUGUCCACGUGCUUCGGAAAUGUUGUUGCUUAGGGUGAUUUUGGUGGCUGAGUAAUAAGUACCUAUAAUAGUCACAUCAUUGUCUUCCUGUUUUUUUAAAAUGAAAAUGAAUUGUGAUUUGAAACAAAAAUGGAAAUGAGUCUAGCAUUCCAAAAAAUGAUAAGGAUGGUUGGUUACAACUUAAGAAUUUUGUUUUACCUAAAAAAUAAUAAUAAUAAAUAAAUAAGAGAUUAAAUUGAAGAAAAACAAAUUAAUGUUAGCUUGUUUUUCUGUUAACCUAAAUCAAGAACAAAGAAGGUGGGAGAGGGCAGUUCACAUUUAUGCUGUCUGUAGGUAAAAUGGGGAAAUGCCAUCCAUGUUUUGAAAAAAGAAGAAAAAGUCAAGUCCUAUUUAUGUGGGAGUCUGUAUUUAUAAAUUUUUCCCAAGCAAUUUCAAUCAUAUCUAUACAGUGGUCUUGUGUUUUUUUAAAAAUCACCUCAUUGUGUGUUUUAAGUGCCUUUUUGUAUCCUACUAGGUGUGAACUUCUAGACGUUUUCAAGAGUUUAUAAAGACUAAGUGGCAUUGUAUUUUUAUAGCCUCAUUCAAAAGACUAAGAAAUGAAAUGUCAUACUGAUUUUUGUUUACAAUGUCUCAAGCUUCAAACAAUAAAGGCAAAAUUUUACCUUU